CAAGCCCAGCCCCGAACCGAGCAUGAAAUCGAUCGGACUUGCCUCAGCAGUGCUGCUUCUUUGCUGCCUUCUGGCUGUGGUCAACGCCACGCCCGGCAAGGUGUAUAUCAAUGGGAAGUGCAUUGAUUGCAAUCGACCAGACGGUGACGACUCCAUCGUUAUUCCCAUGGAACCCCGUUCAGGGGCAAUGUCGUACGCCCUCACUUCUGGAGCCAUGGUAUUUGGAGUACUAUAUCAUCUUUGCAGCUAGUUAAAUGUCUAAUAAAAUAAAUACAUAAAUAAAGUUUCCAUUAUAAAAAGA